AUGCCAGUCACGGAGAUCGCCCUCCUCCGCUUGAAAACCGAGGGUCUCCUCCCAUCCACCAAAGCAGGACUCCUAGAAGCCCAGCAGGCACAGUCCGAACAAUCCAAUCACAAAGUACAUCUUCUGCGCCAGGUAGAGGAUGCAGCAUGCAUAUACUUGCUAGGCGGAUGGGAGUCGAUUGAAAAACACAUGAACGAUUGGAUUCCGUCCGCGACCAAUCAACGCUUGCUUCAGCAACUGCAAGGGGACCUUGAGGUGAAGUGGAUGUUCCAUCUGGAUCUGGAUCCAUCAACAUCGCAGAUCCCCCUCGACGCUCCGAUGCUGGCUAUAAGCAGGUACUUUGUUGAUUCACUGAACAAAGAAGAGUUUGAAAAUAUCUUACGGGCGGGAGGGUCUAAUCUGGUUGUAUCUACGCCGUUUCCCUGCUGUGGUGGAUGGCGUAUUGAUCGGGAUGGCGAGGAUGAGGAAUUUGUGCUUUUUAGCGGCUGGAAGGAAGUUGAUGAUUACUUUGGAAUUGUAGAUUCUGAGGGAUUGAAGGGAUUUAGGGAGAUUGAGGGCUUGAUUAAAGGGGUGGAAGUCAAGCAGAUACGGAGUGAAGAAUCCCUGUGA